CCAUUCGAAUGAAGCAGAACAGCUCAGAUGCAAAGAAGAAUGCCACUAUCUACAUAUGCAUUACUGCUGCUGGACUUCCUAUAUUUUCAAGAGUAUCAGAGUAGUCUGUAGUGCCACAUGGUUGUUUCGUGAACAAUUAAGCAAACGUUCAUGCCUGCUUUUUCAUACACAAUUGAAAUCAUCAAUAUUUUUAAAAAGAGUUUACAUCACUCCAGUCACUAAAAGUUGUCUUUGUAAUGUUCCUUCGAAUAUAUUUCAGUAUCAUACUUUCACUACCUGUGCACUCUUUCUUUGAGUCCGAAGUGGAUCUUGAGCCCAUUAAUCGAACAUUACUUACUCAGAUAGGAGACUGUUCUUACAAUGAAGCUCAAGAGUUUCAAUGUAAUACGAUGGACGGAAUUCCAGAAGAAAGUCGUCGAAAUACUCUUGGAUUUUGGCAUUCCUGCUCUUUUAAUUGUGAAUUUAGACACUUUAAGCAACCAUCUACCAUUGAAGCGUCAAGAAUAAUAAUUGAAGCAUAUCAUCAUGGAAUAGACACAGAAAUUAGAGUUGUUGCAAGUUAUGAUGGAGACUCAUCUACCGUGAACUUUACUGGAACAAAUUCAUGGGAAAAUCACACAAUUGAUUCCACGGUCUUUAAUAUGACCAAAUAUAAUUACAUUGCAUUCUAUAUAUUCUCAUCCCCGGAGAAUUUCUCAGUGCUUGACAAGAUAAGAUUUGACCUCAUUGAUUUCACGCCAACAACUACAGAACCAACUACAUCCACACCCACGCAGUCAACUACUACCACGCCGCCGGAGUCAACUACUACCACACCCCCAGAGUCAACUACUACCGCACCCCCAGAGUCAACUACUACAGCACCCCCAGAGUCAACUACUACCACACCCCCAGAGUCAACUACUACCACACCCCCAGAGUCAACUACUACAGCACCCCCAGAGUCAACUACUACCACACCCCCAGAGUCAACAACUAUUACACCCACAAACCCAACUACUACAUCCAUUCCUACGCAAUCAACUGGAACCACCCAAACAACAGCAACCACGCCAACAGAACCAACUACUACAGUUACAUCUACCCAAUCUACAUCCACAGAAAGGCCCACUAGAUCCUCGACUACAAUAUCAAGUCCUACUUCAACCUAUUCAACAUUUCCCACUGUAUCCAGUUCUACAACAGAAGUUUCAUCAAAUGUUGACUCUGAAAAUUUUUGGUCAUUUUCUAACGCUGGGUUUAUUGCAUUAUUUGCAUCACUCAUCCUGAUUGGAAUUGGUGGCUGCAUUCUCUCUUUAUUUUAUCUUGAAAGAAGAAAACGAAGGAAAGAAAAGUAUCUUGAGGACACUCUUGGGCCUGAAACUCCUUAUGUAAUCUUGCCUUUGCCCUCGACCAGUAACCAAAUGAGUAAUCAAUCGCCAGCAGCCAUCAAUAGCACAGCAAAUCAACUUAGCAAUUAUGGUUUGACCAAACGACAAGUGGGUGGAGCAUCAGAAAUAUACACCAGAGCCCAAAAUCCAUCCAGUGUAUACAGUUAUGGAACAGGAGACUAUUUUCCAAGACUGGCUCGAGGAGGAAGUUAGCACAAAUAAAGAUCCAUUGUACGCAGACAUGCGAAAUUACUUAACCUAAUCUGAUAGCUAGAGACUAUAUUCAUGUAUACAUAAAAUUCCAGAUGGCUUCGGGCCUUCAACGAUAACAAUGUUGACUGAUACUUCACUUUAUAGAUUUGAUAUUUCUAUGUUGGUCACGGAUUGCACUUACUAAUAAAAUAUUUUCGAUGUGUG